UUCCAUAUAUCGCGUUUCUUCUGCUCAAUUCUCCUAGUCUGUCUUAGACUGCAAUUGUCUCUUCCACAUUUCCCUCAUCCUGCAUUGAAUUAGUUAUUGGGUGCUGUAUGUAUGGUUGUGGGUUGCACCUCUCCACCAGGGCUUGAGUUGGUGCGAUCGUCGCACUUAGUUGUUUGAUUCUCCCCCUUCUGGCCAAUUCUUUCGGUGGUGGAAGUUAGGAUUGACCGUUGUUGACUAGUCUGGUUUUUGAUGUUUUAGUAAUUGGUCUUUUUAGGGGUGUGUCGGUUGCGUAAGGUUUUAAGCGACAGUGUCUUUGGUACGCUGUUGGAACACGUAGAAGCAUGUUCUUGCUUGGUGUUUGGGAGUCGUGAAGUGGAGGGGGAGUUGUCGGUUGUUUGAAAUUUGAGUAGUGACCAAUUCAGGUAAGGACGGUAGGUUUCCAAUGACAUUGAGAGGGUUCUGAGGUGGGUGGUUCUGCUACUUAUGGGCUGUCUCGUGUUUCGUGCGCACAGGUCUAAUCAGUGUUCGUCUGCGGAGGACUGGGUUGAGGGGGAUAUGACUUCCGGGGGAGGCAACGGUAAUGGCAAUCGCCGGGGCGGUGGAGGAGGGUUUGGAGGUUUCGGGAACUUUCCGGAUCCCUUUGCGAAUUUUGGCAUGGGUUUCGGAGGAGGAGGAUCGCGAGGAAGGAGUAUUUUUGACGUCUUCGAUAACGAUCCCUUCUUCAACGACCCCUUUUUCACGAGGCCGUUUGGGAGCGCUUUCGGUGGCCAGGGAUUGUUUGGCGGGCCUCAAGGACUCCUUGGCAACCCCUUUUUUCAGAAUCAGCCACCUGCUCGUCCUCGCGCUCCUGCUGCUGGGUACAUUGAAGAUCGACCACGUAGUCCUCCUCAAGUUCACCAGCAGGACCCUAUUAUAGAGGAACUUUCAGAGUCUGAUUCGGAUCCAGAUGCUCAACCUCAGGCGUCUUCUCGCUCAGGCCAGCAACCCAUAAUCGAACACCCUGACGACGACGUAAGGCCAGCAGAACCACAGGAUCGGUCUCGCCCGUUCCAGAAUGUCGUUAGAGCUGGACCCCUUCCAGUGCUGAAUAAUAGUGGUGGCCGCUCGUAUAGUUUCCGGAGCUCUUCUGUCACAUAUGGAGGGCCUAACGGUACUUAUUACUCGUCCUCUGCUGCCAGGCGCAUGGGUCCAGACGGAGUAGUAGAGGAAGAGUUUGAAGAAAAAGAUUCUACAACUGGCGAGGAAGUAAAACGAAUUUCCAGGGGACUUGGUGUUAAGGGACGUUCAAUUACACGUAAACGCACUUCCGAGGGGCGCGAACAGACAAUGCAAACACUUCACAACCUAGAAGAAGAUGAAUUACCGACAUUUGACCAAACUUGGGAAGACCGGGCAAAAGCCCUGCCACAGUGGAAUAGAAAUCGACCACAUACAGUUGAUGCUCCUCGUGGUUAUCAAGUGCCUGUCGACAAUUUUGGCUCCACAAGUCGUUCUCGUAUUGGUCUUCCAGGAAGCAGCUCAUCACAAGGGGGACGGCAGUCGAAAUAAGUCGGGAAGUCGAUAAUAGUCUUUUAAAAUACUUUGGAAUCAAGCGCCAUGAGUUUUAUUUCUUAGUAUUUGGACACAAAUUUUCUGGUAUCUUGGUACAUCACAUUGUUUAGAUCCUCUUGUACAGGAAGAAUUUGGCGUAUAAUGCUUACUCCUAAAAAAUCACCAUCAAAAUGUGAUCAGAAGGCCUUUCAAUGGUUGAAUGUGGGUGUGUAGCUACUGAUAUUUGGUCUAGUAUUGUUUCAUCGUUUGUCCUUAGAAUUUAGUUUGAAGGAACUGCAGAGACCAUUAUAGCACCCCCGUUCUUACAUACACUGAUUUUGCAUGAUGCAUUAAAUAUAACGCAAGCUACCCAUGCUUGCAUAAACUGCUGGAGCCUUGUUUCAAAGGUAUUUUAAUAGGAUCUAUACCAUGUUUCAAAUA